ACCACUGCAAAAGAAUGACAUUGAAUCAGAAAAUAGGACAUCUUAGAAGAGGACACCAAAUUUCAAGAUGCAGUGCAAAAUAUUAUUAUUGCUCCUGGUAGCAGGCCUAUUGUAUAGUGCCUACGGUGAUAGUUCCUCGUCAUCAGACAGUAGUAGCAGCAGCAGCAGUAGUGACAGUUCCGAUAGCAGUGACAGUUCCGACAGCAGCGACAGUUCCGACAGCAGCGACAGUUCCGACAGCAGCGACAGUUCUGAAAGCAGUGACAGUUCUGAUAGCAAUGGCAGUGGAGACGAUAGCGGCAGUGGAAACGAUAGCGGCAGUGGAGACGAUAGCGGCAGUGGAGACGAUAGCGGUAGUGACAGUAUUGAAAAUCCAGGCGACGAUAACGGCACUGACAUUUUCUACUACCCUUGCGGAUCCGCUCCUGAAAUUAGCUGUAUUCGUAACUACUUCAUCAACAGCGGUCAAUUCAGGCCAGUGACUCAUCAGGAUGGUCAAGUCAUCAUCAGGAAGAAGCAAUCUGUCUACUUGCCCAAAGUUAACCUCACAUUCAUCACGUAUAAUGGCGAAAUCGAAUAUUCAGGCAUCAGUGCUGAAACCUUCUAUAUCAACAGAAGAACAAAGAAAAUAGUGAUCACCAUUGCAUUUGAGAGCAUCAACAUCUAUGCUGAGAACAGUGAAUGCGCCAUCAACAGGCGGGGCCAAGAACCCUUGAAAGUUAAAGACUAUACCAAUGUAACUUAUUACGCCGUGUCGAUUACUGCCAUCAUCCCUAACGCCCGGAACCGCAUCAAUAUGAAGGCUGCUUCAGUAUCAGCAUAUAUCUCCAAUCCCAAUCCUAUCUUCGAUUUGGGACCUAACUUCUCGAGCAGUUCAGAUGAACUCGUUGCCCAGGUGUACCAAGGCCUGAAGGAUGAUCCAGCAACGGCAGCUCAAGAAAUUUACCUGACCGACGCUUCUAGCUACUUCUUUGGCUAUUUCAAUAACUAUAUUUGUGAUUCUGGUGUUCCUUACUCUGGGUAACAUGAAAUUAAUUGACAAAUUAAUAAAGCUUAUGCACAACUGUUAA